AUGACAUUCAACGCACAGUUCGACGGCAAGGUCAUUGCCAUUACUGGCGGCGCAUCUGGCAUCGGACUCGCGACAGCACACUUGCUCGCCAGCCGCGGCGCCAAGAUCUCCCUCGCCGACAUCCAAAAGGACGCACUGGACAAGACAAAAGCGGACAUCGAGGCGCGAAUCAGUGGCGCGCAGGUCAUGACGCAGGUCGUCGACGUGCGCCACUACGAUCAGGUCGACAGCUGGAUCAAGGCGACAGUAGAGAAAUUCGGCCGGCUGGACGGGGCGGCCAACCUGGCGGGCGUCAUCUCCAAAUACAUCUCCAUCAAGCCGCUGUCAGAGCAGGACUUUGAGAUGUGGGACUUUGUCAUUGGCGUCAACCUGACAGGCGUGAUGCACUGCAUGCGCUCGCAGCUGCGCAUCAUGGCGGACGGGGGCGCCAUCGUCAAUGCCUCGUCCAUUGCCGGCAACACCGGGCGCGCCUGCAACAGCGACUACACUGCGUCCAAGCAUGGCGUGAUUGGUCUGACGAGGUCUGCCGCGAAGGAGGUGGGCGGGCAAAACAUCAGAGUCAAUGCGAUCUGCCCUGGCUACAUUGCGACGCCAAUGGUCGCAAAGUCCAAGGAGAUUGCGCAUGGGACUGCCGACGUGCAACGGGAUAUGUCCUUCAUUGGUCUCGGGCGCGAAGGCAAGCCUGAAGAGGUGGCCAAGCUAAUUGCGUUCCUGCUCAGCGACGAUGCGUCAUACAUCAGCGGCGCCAAUAUUGCAAUUGACGGAGCUUGGAAUUGUUGAUAGCCUAUGAACCGUUGAUUAAUGCCAAUUGCCAGCCGCAUUGUGCCUCCUUUUGGGAUGAUAGCUCGUCUCUGCUUUCACAGACUGCC